CAGUGACGUCAUUUGUUCCGCGUUGGCCUGGACGUGGCACCGAGAGGAGCUGCGCCCUCAGUUCGCUCUGCUCCGCGCCUUCUCGGCUCCAUUCCACUGCUGCUCCCGGAUCUCCGGCUCUACCCGCCGUCAGUGUGUGACCUGCCACCUCCUCCUCUCCGCAGCCAUGGGCCUCACAAUCUCGUCGCUGUUCUCCAGACUGUUCGGGAAGAAACAGAUGAGGAUCCUGAUGGUCGGUUUGGACGCUGCUGGAAAAACUACGAUCCUCUACAAACUGAAGCUCGGAGAGAUCGUCACCACCAUCCCCACCAUCGGCUUUAACGUGGAGACAGUCGAAUACAAGAACAUCUGCUUCACAGUUUGGGAUGUUGGCGGUCAGGACAAGAUCAGACCUCUGUGGCGACACUACUUCCAGAACACACAGGGUCUGAUCUUCGUGGUGGACAGUAAUGACAGGGAGCGAGUCGCCGAGUCGGCGGAGGAGCUCUCUAAGAUGGUCCAGGAGGACGAGCUGAAGGACGCGGUACUUCUAGUGUUCGCCAACAAACAGGAUCUCCCGAACGCCAUGGGUGUCAGCGAGCUCACCGAUAAGCUGGGUCUGCACAGCCUGCGCAGCAGAACCUGGCACGUGCAGGCCACCUGUGCGACGCAGGGCACAGGUCUGUACGAGGGACUGGACUGGCUGUCCAAUGAGCUGUCGAAGCGUUAGACCACCUGACAGGAAGUAGAAAGCAGACUGAUUUCAGCCGCUGAUGUCACCGUGUACAGAUGAGGAAGAGGAGGAGAAGGAGCGUGUCAUCGCUCCAUGUUU